AUGAGAACUUCUUCAAGCCACGACAGGAACGUCAAAAAGUUUUUGCCGGUCGUCGAAAAGUGCAAAUCAAAAUGCACUCUCCUCCAACUGAGCCAGAUUGCUUUGGGUCACAAUUUGACAGGUUUGAAUUUGAAACGUUUGGAAAUGAAGGUAAUCAUCUUUAAGCAAUCGGAAAUGUGGGCCUUUGUCCAUAUUCCCUCAUCAAGCCGAUACUCGAGAAAAGGACUGUCGUUGAAUUGAGAAGCUUCCUUUCUUGCAAUCCAGUAAGUUUCUUGAAAAAGGACAAGUUUGACUGAGGCUUUUUCCAGGGACUGGAAGAAGAUAGUGACGAACUUUUCGAGAAGUUCGUCAAGCGACAUCCACUUUGCUCUUCAGUUUUUAAUCAAAGAAGAAAAGUUUUGGCUUUUGAGGCGAAAAUAUAUUGAGUAUGUUUUUUUUAUUACAUCUACCCAUUUUGUUUCCAACUUGUAAAUAACCUUUUCUGCAGACUUUGCAAAUUGGCCGAGAAACAGAAAUGUCGAGAAGAAGCGAGGCUGCAGAUUUUGGUCGACAAACACUCUAUAAAGGCAAAAAGAUGGACACUGGACGGAAAGGGUAAAAAGAUUUCUGAGAGACUGAAACUUUUAGUUUUCAGAUUGCAAUCGAGGAGGCGUUGGCUCCAAGGAAUAGCCGACGUCAGAAUAACUUUGGCACAGUUAGCAGAAGAAAUGACAACUCCAACGGCCAAGGACAUCUCGAUGGCCAGGAGAGCCGUCGCCGCAGGUAAACAUUCUCUUGACCUCUUUGCAGAGUAUCAUAUUUUUUUAUCACUGUUCGCUAAAGCAAAGAAAACUCCGAUUUUUCGUUUCUUCACUAUUAAAAAGAGCCUCUUUUGGAUAUUGAAUAUUUAUUUUACUCUGAUACAUAACACAGCAAAAGCUACGAAAAAAGAGACAUAGCUUGAGUAAAAAUUAUAUGAGAGGCAUUAUCGUUUUAAUUUAAAAGAAGCCCAGUCAUUUCAGUUUUCAGAAAUAAAUUCAACUGUAGUGAAAGUUGAAAUUGAUCAGUUUUUUGAUUUUCAGGCGACAAAACCAAACUCUCCGCACUGCCUCAGGCCUUCGUCUACAAUAGCGUCAACCCUGGAAAGUUGAAUGCCAAACAAAAAUCGACGAAUGCGCCUCUGAUGAAGAAGACGAUGAUGAUGAUGAAGUUGAUGCGUCGUUAA